UUAAAUUGGGCCCCCGAAACGCUGCCGGCCCACUUUCCUCUUCUUCUUCUUCUUCUUCUUCUUCUUCCUCAGUCAGAGCAGACUCAAAGAGUCAGCUGGGGAGCUCAGUUGAAGUUCAACAAUGGCAGGUGCCACCAAAUUCUGAUCGUUGAUCACGGAAUACUGGAAAAGCUCGAGGAAGAUUCCCAUCAGAAGAUGAGCUUGGUGGCCAUUUUCAGCUACGUCCUUGUUGCGCCGCUGUUUCUGUUCUUCGUUGGCGGAUCGGCGUAUACUUCUCUACCGGCGGACCAGUUCCUCGGGGUUGCGCCUGAAGAUGCGGUGUACUACAAGUCGUCGGAUGUGAUCAGGUGCAAGGACGGGUCUAAGAAGUUCACGAAAGCUGAGCUCAACGAUGACUUCUGCGACUGUCCUGACGGCACGGACGAGCCAGGAACAUCGGCAUGCCCUGGUGCAAAAUUUUACUGCCAGAAUGCUGGGCACGUUAGCACUCGCAUCUUCUCUUCGAGAGUGAAUGACGGUAUUUGUGACUGCUGCGAUGGAAGUGAUGAAUAUGAUGGUAAAGUCAAAUGCCCAAAUACAUGCUGGGAGGCAGGAAGAGUAGCUCGGGAUAGGUUGAGGAAAAAGAUUGCUACAUACCAAGAGGGAGUCGUCAUACGGAAGCAUGAAGUGGAGCAAGCAAGGGUGGCUCUAGUAAAGGAUGAGGAAGAACUAGCAACUCUGAAGAAUGAGGAGAAGACACUGAAAGAGCUUGUUGAGCGCCUUAAAGUACGCAAAGAGCAAAUGGAGAAGGCAGAGGAGAAAGAACACCUACAGAAAGAAAAAGAAGAGAAGGAAAGAAAAGAAGCUGAGGAGAUAGCUAACAAAGAGAGAAGGAAAAUUGAGGAAGAACUCAUACAUGAGAAGGGUAGUGGUGAAAUUGAACAAGAAAGUGAAACUGAAGUCACGGAAAGGACGCCGAUUGAGAAAAAUGGGAUCGGAGAUGACUCUCCUUUGGAUCAGGAAUUGGGAGAGCAAUCUGACGAUUUGCCAACCGAAAGUAAAAAUGGUGAAACUGCUCUAGAUGACCAGCCACACGGUUAUGGUGUGAUUAAGGAAUUGGGAGAGCAAUCUGCGGAUUUGCCAACUGAAAGUAAACAUGCUGAAACUGUUCUAGAUGAACAACCACACAGUGUUGGUGUGAUUAAGGAAGAUGAUGGGCCUGAGAAUACUGAGGGGUUGUCAAAGGAGGAGUUAGGUCGGCUUGUUGCUUCCCGUUGGACUGGCGAGAAGAUUGAGAAGGAAAGUGGAGAAGAAUCUGGUGAAGAAAAUAAUCCAGAAGCCUAUGAGCAUGAGGAGAUACCACAGGACACACAUUAUGAGGAUGAUGAUGGCUAUGCUUCAGAAACUUACAAAGAGGACGAAAAAUAUGAAUAUGAUGAUCCAGAUAAUGAUAUAGAUGAGGAUUUGGGAGUUGAAGAUCACAGUGAUACACGUAUUCCCAACCAUUCUGAAUCAGAUGAGGAAUCAGACUCAGAUACAGAAAGCAGUCUAUCUUGGUUGGAGAAGAUAAAAAAGGCAGUACGAAAUAUUCUCCAGGCUGUCAAUUUCUUCCCUUCUCCAGUAGAUAAAUCAGAGUCUGCCCAAGUACGCAAGGAAUAUGAUGAACUCAGUACGAAACUUUCUAAAAUGCAGUCGAGAAUAUCAAGCUUGUCGAAAAAGCUUAAACAAGAUUUUGGACCAGAAAAAGAGUUCUAUUCAUUCUAUGGGAAUUGCUUUGAGAUCAAACAGAACAAAUACGUGUACAAAGUCUGCCCAUUCAAACAAGCUACCCAGGAGGAGGGGUAUUCUAAAACUCGACUGGGGCGCUGGAACAAAUUUGAGGACUCCUACCAGACCAUGAUCUUCUCCGAUGGUGAUCACUGUUGGAAUGGUCCUGACAGAAGUUUGAAGGUGAAACUAAGAUGCGGAUUGAAAAAUGUGGUUGCUGACGUUGAUGAACCAAGCCGUUGCGAAUAUGAAGCUCUCCUAUCUACGCCAGCUGUCUGUUCCGAAGCUAAGUUGAAGGAGCUACAACACAAGCUGGACCUAAUGAACCAGGAAAAACCGAACAGCCACGAUGAGCUAUGACAACAGGAUAGAAAUCAGUGGGCGGUGCUAAUUUUCGAGAAUCUCACCGGGGAAAAGCUCUUGGAGGCCUGAAAAGGCCAAACAAAAGCCGGAGAUGAUGUCCGAGUCUAUCAAAGCAGGCGAAGUGAUCCGAACGGUCUUUUUGCACUCAAGACGUUCAGUUCACAUUACGGAUUCAGAAUUCGAAAUUGUACCUUUACCAUGCAGAUAUACAUUAAUAGAUACGGCGACAGACACGACAGGCUGGUAGCAACUGCGAGAAAUGCUGCUCUAUCCGCGGCGUAACUGUUACUCCAUCAAUGUUGUUUCAAAUCGAGGUGAAUCAUGGGAUUCGACGACAAAGAACAAUGGCCAUGAUAUUUUGCCUCGGAUAGUCGGUUUCUAUGGGUUCCGAUACCGGAGGCAGCAAAUGGUCUUUACCAUUACUAACGGCAAGGUUUCGCCCUUUCAGGAAACAGAAAAGCGCGAAAACUGAGAAGUCUUCUUUUCGUU